GACGGGACCUAGAGCGCAGGGCCUCGCGCGCUAGCUGCAGUUUCCAGUCAACCGCCAUCGCUGUGGCGAGGCCGGCCGGCCACGCAAUGCUGUCUCUCUUGCUGCUCCUCUCAGAACUGUGCCGGCUGACCUCCACGGGCCAUCACACUGAAGCAUCACUUCUACAAAUUACAGUGCCACAGAAGACUGGGACAAACACCAAUGACGGCGGUGUUUCAGAAACGCAUGUCACCUAUGCCAUCAAAAUUGACAGGAAAACAUACACUCUCCACCUUGAAAAACAGGGAUUAUUGCAGUUGGAGAAUAUCAGUUACGGAAUUCAACCAUUGGAAUCUUCAGCUACAUAUGAACAUAUGCUUUAUCAGAUAAAGGAUAAUGAAAUUGAUUUUCCCCCCAUAGCAGAAAAUAAUUCUACAACCCAAUUGGCAGAUCAGUCCUACAAAAUUCUUGUGAAAUCAGAAAAAAAUUCUGGUGUGCUGUUGAAAAGAGUUCUGAAAAUACAAGUCAUUAUGGAUAAAGCCUUGUAUGAUUAUAUGGGCUCUGAAGUGGCACUUGCAUCUGAGAAAGUUGUCCAUACCUUUAGUCUCAUCAACACUAUGUAUUCUCAGCUUAAAGUGUUGGUUACAUUAAGUUCUCUGGAGCUCUGGUCAGAUCAAAAUAAGAUUUCAACUAAUGGGGAUGCUAAUGAAGUUCUACAAAGAUUUGUGUCAUGGAGAGAAAAAUUUUUACUUCAAAGGUCCCAUGAUAUGCCAUACUUAUUAAUUUAUAGGGACCAUCCUAAUUAUGUAGGAGCAACAUAUCAUGGAAUGGCAUGCGAUCCAAAGUUUGCUGCAGGAAUCGCUCUGUAUCCAAAGAUGAUAACCUUAGAGGCAUUUUCAGUUGUUUUGGCACAGUUGCUUGGAAUUAACCUGGGAUUAACAUAUAAUAAUGACAUCUACAGUUGUUACUGUCCAGGAACUACAUGCAUAAUGAAUCCUGAAGCAAUACGUUCCCGUGGUAUAAAGUUUUUCAGCAGUUGCAGCAUGGAUGAAUUCAAACAUACAGCUUCACAGCCUGAAUUUGAAUGUCCAAAUCGAACAGUUUCAAAAGUGGUUCCACAAGGAAGAGUUUCAGUUUGUGGCAAUGGAGUUUUGGAACCGCCAGAGCAAUGUGAUUGUGGUGGGCCAGAGCAAUGCUCUCAUAAAAAAUGCUGUGAUGCUGUAACCUGUUCUCUGAUUGGAGAUGCAGAGUGUGGUACAGGACCAUGCUGUGACAGAAAAAGUUGUCAGAUAGCUGAAAGAGGACAGGUAUGUAGGAAAAGCACGGAUAUAUGUGAUUUUCCAGAAUUUUGCAAUGGGAUAGCUGAGUUUUGUGUACCUGAUAUGAAAUCUGCUGAUUUAGAACUGUGCAAUAAUAAGACUGCCUUUUGCUAUCAAGGAGUAUGCCAAGAUACAAAUAAACAGUGUGCGGAGUUGUUUGGAAAAUUUUCGAAGGGGGCUUCUGCUCUAUGUUCACAAGAAGUGAAUAUGCAUACAGAUGACUUUGGAAACUGUUAUGGUCGUUUUUGUAAUUAUCGGGAUAUCUAUUGUGGAAAGUUAGUUUGUCUCUGGACACGUACAGAAGUAGUGCCAUUUAAAAAUUUUGAUACUCAAUAUACUUUCCUUGGAGGCAUUGUGUGUCUAAGUGCACAUCUAAGAAAUUCGACACCAAUAACCUUCCGAGAUGAUUAUACCUAUGUAAAGAGUGGCACUAUGUGUGGUCCAAAUAAGUUUUGUAACAGAGGAUCUUGCACAGACGUCACCGUCAGCUCAGACGCAACUUGUAUCUCCAAAAUAAAGUGCAGUGGACAUGGGGUUUGCACUACUCUCCAUAACUGUCACUGUGAUGCUGGAUAUGCCCCUCCACAAUGUGAACCAAUGCCUUCAUCACCAGGAGGAAGUAUCAAUGACGGGUUUUGGCUUACGUCAGAUAUUUUAGUUCUGUGUUUCCUGUUGACUUCCAGAAACCAUUUCCUUCAUGUCUUAUCCUGUUUCAUAUUUUUAUUAUUUGACACAUUUAAUGGAAAAAUUUCAUCAUGCCCACAAGUAGAAGCUCCCCAUCUUUCUUCCUUAGAGUAAUGGAUAUCUCCCAGGUAAAAGUACAGACAUGUUGGUAAAACGACGUGGUGCUUCUCGAAAAAACGGCCUUGUGAUCAGUUUCUACGUUUUCCUGCCUUUCCUCAUUUUAAUUCCCAUCAUUGCUCUUAAAUGGAAUAAAAUGAAGAUAUUUUGGGACAGAGAGGGCACAGUAAGUGAAGGGUCUCUAUCAGAAGACAGCAGUAGGAACAGUAACAGCAACCAGUCUUAGAGUUAAAGUGUCUAUUGCCAAGGCAAAGAUGUCUAAAAUCUUGCUUAAAAAUAUAACAAAGAACUGGCAGCUUUGACUAUUAUUUUGAUGGAAAUAAAAAGGAGGAAAGAUUUGAAGAGGAAA